AGUGAAAGAGGAGGAGGAUGUUACAGUAAAAGAAGAGGAUGCAGUUUUUGUAGUGAAAGAGGAGGGGAAGAUGACUGUCACAUUGAAGGAAGAAGAGGAGGUUGAAGAUAAGUUUAAUACCAGAGAGAGAAGUGACUAUCGAGGAUCCUCUGGGGAGCCUCAACAACCUCAUGAUGCUGACGAGGCAAAGAAAAGUCUCUCCAGAUCAAAACACCUCAAGAAACACCAGCAGAGACCCACAAGGAAGAAAACUCAUCGCUGCUCUGACUGUGGGAAGAGUUUUGUUUCAUCAGGACAUUUAAAAUCACACCAGAGAACACACAUGGGAGUAAAACCUUAUAGCUGUGCUCAAUGUGGGAAGAGAUGCACUCAGUCAACAGACCUUAAAAAACAUGAGAGAAUACAUACAGGAGAGAAACCUUAUAGCUGCUCUGACUGUGGAAAGAGUUUUGUUUUUUCAGGGCAGUUAAAAUCGCACCAGAGAACACACACGGGAGAGAAACCUUAUAGCUGUGCUCAAUGUGGGAAAAGAUUCACUCAGUCAACAGACCUUAAAAAACAUGAGAGAAUACAUACAGGAGAGAAAUCUUAUAGCUGCUCUGACUGUGGACAGAGUUUUGUUUAUUCAGGACAGUUAAGAUUACACCAGAGAGCACACACGGGAGAGAAUCCUUAUAGGUGCGCUCAAUGUGGGAGGUGUUUUACUCAGUCAAGCAGCUUGAUAGUACACCAGAGAACACACACCGGAGAGAAACCUCAUAGCUGUGAUCAAUGUGGGAAGCGUUUUGUUACAUCUAGCACUCUGACUACACACCAGAGAACACACACGGGAGAGAAACCUUAUAGCUGUAAUCAAUGUGGGAAGAGUUUUUCUCAGCCAAACGGCCUGAUAGUUCACCAACGAGUACACACAGGAGAGAAACCUCAUAGCUGUGAUCAAUGUGACAAGAGAUACUCUGAUAAAAGAUCUCUGAUCAAACAUGGGAAAAUACAUACAUGAAGGAGUUGUUUCAUGAUAUCAAUGAAUUAAUGUCACAAUGUAGAAUGUACAUUUAAAUGCAUCACUCCCUGAUGUAGCUGACUGUCUUCUGCAGGUUGUCCUCUAAUCAGUGAGGUAGAAUAUAUCUCCCAUUUCCAUAUGUUUAAAAAAAAGUUGUGUUAGUUUCAACAGCACAUACAACCGGAUUUCCCCCCUAAUUGAUAUCAGUGAUUUAUUGUGACUUAUGCAGCCAACUGACUUAUGCAGCCAACUGACUUUGGGUACAAUUAUAUUAACAUUGUUGCCCUGACUUUAGAAUAUCAGGUUCAUGUAUCAGGUUCAUUCUUAGAUGUGCCAACCCAAAUGUACAAGAGCAUGACAUUGGGGACUGGGCCCCGAUCCAACAACAUGUCUAUCGAGUGAACCCUGAAAAGAGAGAGAAGCUCUGCAGUUAGGUGGAAAGUUACUUCGGAUAUUGCAGGAGUUUCCUCUUGAAAUCAGACAUGUUCGUGGUAAGGACAACUCUAUUGCUGAUCGUCUCAAGGGUGAGCAGUCAAAAAGAUUUGUAUUUUAUGUUCCAAGGGGACAAGAGAUCUAGAAGCUAGUGAGUUUUAGGAAGACGAGAGUUCUAGAAGCUAGUGGGGAAAAAUUAUAGUUUUUUCUUGUUUUUAAUUGUUGACAGCCAGUAGACACCAUGUUUAUAUUGAUGAAGCAUUGUAGUUGAUUUGUGAAAUGGAAGUUGUUUUCUGUUGGUGGUAAGCAAACUUGUCCAAUAGAAAUGUAGGAUAUAUUUGUUCUCUUAAAUUGUUCUCUUUUUCCAUGUUUCGAGGUUGGACGAUAGCACAUAGGAAUGGGGGAUACAUAGUCUUUUGUACAACUGAAUGCAUUCAACUGAAAUGUGUCUUCGGUGCACUGAUUGGUGUCACCUCUUUAGUCAGUAUGUGUUACACCCUUGCUGGCUU